AAAUACAGGUGACUGUGAAUUGAGCAAACACCAAAAUGCACUCUUUUACACACACUCUGGAGCCAUAUCUUUGCUAUUCGGCAAUAGAACAGUUGAUCCAGACUUGUGGAUGCUGUGUUGUUUACAAGUGCAUGGCAUACUGUGAAAGAAGUAUGCUUACGGUUUGUUUGUAAGAGUAGUGCGAUUAUGGAUCACGAUGUAAUAAACGCGUUUGUUGAAAAUCUCUGCAAUCAUUUUAACUUAACUAAUGAAUCAGUAAAAUGCAACGUACGUAAGCACAGUGAGAAUUUACUUCGUGAUGGUGACAUGAGUUUUCCCCUUUAUUAUACAAUGACGAACUUUAAAGAAAAUGAGACAAACUGUGAACUGCCUACAGCCGCAAUUUUGGAGAGCUCUGUUACUUCAGAUUCCAUAAGCGAGUCGGAUAGCAAGGAAUUGAACCUGAAAGAGCUUACAUCUCUGAAAGAAGCUAGCGCAACUUGGAAGUUAAGAAUAGAAAAAUGUGAGAUUCAGAGGAACCGCGUCGUCAUUUAUUUCCAGAAGGACUAUACCUUUAGAACAACCCUCAGAAACGUACUUCAGGCGCAGCAUUUGUAUGGCAGCUGUCAGAAGAGAAAGCAGGGGAUUGUCAUUGAGGCCUCUGUUUCAGAAGGAGAUGAUAUGGACUUGAGCCAACUGAGGGUUAAGUACCUGAAAGAUUUUGCUGUCAGGGCAGCAAAACAAUCAGGUUAUAACACAUUUGACAGUAGUGAGGCAUGUGAUUGUAUUGGCUUCGUACUGACUACCAAAUCCAGUAAAGAUCUACCAGACAGAAUGAAAGCAGUUAUUUGUGGAGCUGUUGUUAAUGCCAAAAGUAGAACAAAAGAAACCGACAUGUUGGCAAAAGAAUACUUACGAUUGCGAGAAAAUGACAUGAGAACUGCAGCACUGCAUAAAUAUGGCACUGCUGUGGAAGAUGAUGUUAAGUGGAACAGUUUGAUUUCUUCUCUAGGUGAAGCGGCUGUCAAGAUGGAGUUGCUUAAAGUAAAACCAUCGCAAACUGUUUCACUGUCUCUGGAAUCUGACUACAAAGUUUCAUGGGAACGUAGCAGUAAAGGCGCUACAUUUGUAUUGUACAAUUAUGCCAGAAUAACAUCAAUUCUUAAACAGUUCCAUGAGAAGGAAGAAAAAAAAUUGUAUCCUACCUUGCUAACUUUGGAUGAGAUUGACUUCGCGUCACUGAAGUGUGAUGAGGAGUGGCAGCUCUUGCAUUUCAUUAUAGUUUAUCCAUCAAUUGUGAAUUCCUUGGGGAAUGAUCUUGAGAAAGGCAUUCUGAAGCCCCACGUAAUUUGUAUAUUUCUCAGUGCAAUGUGCAAGACCUUCAGUGUUUACUACCGCAGAAUUCGAAUUCUGAGAGAACCAAGGCAGCAUCUAUUCCCUACCAUGUGUGCUCGUAUUUAUUUACUCAAGGCUCUUCAGAUAACUCUCCAAAGCUCCCUCCACCUGAUGGGUAUAGACACAGUAAAUCAAAUGUAGCGUGGUCAAGUGUCUUGUGAAAGGUACCAGGAGAAUAUUUCAGAAUUCAGUAUUCCUCACAAGACUGCAACUGAUGCACCAGUUUGUGAUGUAGGAUCAUGUUCCUGCAAAAUAGUUACCUGCUGUCUUAUUCACAAUAUUAUGUGAAGCUUGUUUUCUUAUUGCAUGGUUCUGUUUUAUAGUACUUGAAGAAAAGUGUAACAUUGCUAUAAUGUAAUGAUCAAAGAUAUAUUUUUAUUAAACUUACGUUAAUUGACA